AUGGCGGAAGACACCGACUGCAGCACGCGGCUGCCUUGCUCGCCCCCCAGGCCAGCUUUUGCUGCUGUUUCGGAAGCAGCAGAAAGCCAAGACAGCACUGCGCCCCCCACGGCCCCCAGACGCGCGGGCGGCGGCGACGUCUGCAGCAGCAGCAGCAGCAGCAGCAGCAGCAGCAGCAGCAGCAGCAGCGGAGGGGAGGAGGGGGGGCAGCAGCAGCAGCAGCAGCAGCAGCAGCAGCAGAAGCCGCUUCCGAGGGGCAGCAGGAGCCUCGUUCCCAGACGCUACAGCAGACGCAGCAGCGCCGCAGCAGCAGCAGCAGCCAACAGCAGCCCCAGCAGCAGCAGCAGCGCCCCAGCAGCAGCAGCAGCAGCAGCAGCAGCAGCAGCAGCAGCAGCAGCAGCUGACGAGGUGCUCGAGCAGCAGCAGCAGCAGCAGCAGGGUCCUCGUCCUCCUGCAGCAAACGCAUUGCUGAACCCGGUGGACCACGAGAUGACCAGUGGACCGUCGUGUUGCUGUGGUAAAGAAGAGCUCCAGCCACGAAGUUCAUUCCCUGCACGUAGCCCACCUCCUGCAGCAGCAGCAGCAGCAGCAGCAGCAGCAGCAGCAGCAGCAAGUCAGGUGGCAGCAGCGGCAACGGGGGAGACACGGCAGCAGCAGCACGAGGCCCGCCGGCAGCAGCAGCGACAAAAAGAAGCAGCUAGUGCUCCCUUCCAGCAGCAGCAGCAGCAACACCAGCAGCAGCAGCAGCAGCAACGCCACCACCAGAAGCAGCAGCAACUCCACAAACACGAGCAGCAGCAGCAACCACAGCAGCACAAGAGGGACCCCCAGCAGCAGCAGCAGUACUGCAGCACCCCAAGCACUACCCCAAGCACCAGCAGCACAGCACCCCAAGCACCACCCCAGCAGCAGCAGCAGCAGCAGCAGCAGCAGCAGCAGCAGCACAGCCCCCCAAGCACCAUCACCAGCAGCAUCAGCACCACCCCCCGCAGCAGCACCACCCCCAGCAGCAGCAGCAGCAGCACCCCCAGCAGCAGCAGCAG